CCAUUCUCGCAGACAAGUACGAUUUCGCAGACGACACGUUCAUCAUAGGGAACAUCUACAAUGGCACAUGUGACGUGUUUAAAAGUAUUGUUUUUUCCAGUUAUUAUUAGUCUUAUUCAGUUUUCCAAAGCAGAAAAUGCUGUGGAGACGGAUGCUUUUCUUAGACCGACCGUAGUGGUUGCUUUUCUUGUUCGUAACAAGGCUCACACGCUGCCUUGGUUUUUAGGUCAUCUCGAGAUGCUAGCGUAUCCAAAGGAUAGAAUCUCUUUGUGGAUACGUAGUGACCAUAACAUUGACAACAGUACAGCUAUUUUGAAAGAAUGGAUUGCAGCUGUAAAACCAUUAUACCAUUCAGUUGAUAUACAAAUUGAUGAGAAGCAAAUGGGUUAUACAGAUGAGAGUUCUCCUUUUGACUGGACAGAAAAACGUUUUUCAAAUGUAAUUACCCUUCGUCAGAAAGCCAUUGAAUACUCCAAACAAAAAUGGGCAGACUAUCUCUUUAUGAUUGAUGCUGAUGUCAUCAUAGAAAACCGUCACACUUUGCAACUGCUACAGCAGCAACAGAAGCUGGCAGUGGGACCAAUGCUGAAUGCUAGUGUGGAGGGCUACUAUUCCAAUUUUUGGGGGGCAAUGAAUGAGAAGGGGUACUAUGAACGGUCAUCAGAUUAUAUCGCAAUAGUGGACAGAAGAAAGAUGGGCUGUUUUUCAGUGCCUAUGGUACAUUCUGCAGUAUUAUUUGAUAUGAGGCGAGCACAGUCCAAGCACUUGUCUUACAGCUCUGUUCCAGAUGGUUAUGAGGGACCAAAAGAUGACAUCAUUAUCUUAGCCCAUAACAUCAAAGUUUCAGGGGAAACGAUGCAUGUUUUGAAUAAUGAGUACUUCGGCAAGGUGAUGAUUCCCCUUGAUACGAAAUAUUCCCUACAAGAUGAUUGGGAUCAGUUUGACCACGUACGCCUGGAAGCAAAUGUGUUUGGGCCACCAUUGCCUGCAUCUCCUCAUAUAUCUUUCAUUCCUAUGAAACCAAAGGAGAAACUGGGUUUUGAUCAGAUCUACAUGAUCAAUCUCGAGCGAAGGAGUGAGAGAAGAGAGCGUAUGAUGAAUGCCUUUGAUAUCUUGGGAAUAGAUGCUGUUCUAAAACCUGCUGUGGAUGGAAAGAAGAUCACUCCUGCAUUCAUUAAACAACUGGGUAUCCAGCAGCUGCCAGGAUAUGCUGAUCCCUACAGUGGGAGGUCUAUGACUAUGGGCGAAAUUGGCUGUUUUCUCAGUCAUUACUAUAUCUGGGAGGAAGUGGUUCAGAAAAACUACAGUCGUGUCCUGCUGUUCGAGGAUGACAUCCGCUUUGAGCCCUAUUUUCUAAAUAAGUUAAAGUUCUUGAUGUAUGACCUUGACAGGCUGCUACCUACAUGGGACCUUGUGUAUCUUGGUCGUAAACGCUUGAGAAAAGGUGAAGAAAAUUUAGUGGAAGGCUCAGAACGACUUGCAUGGCCACAUUAUUCUUACUGGACCCUGAGUUAUGCCAUAAGUAAUACUGGUGCACAGAAGCUUCUUAAUCAGAAGCCAUUGACAAAGCUGGUGCCAGUUGAUGAGUAUCUGCCUAUCAUGUUUGACAGACACCCAGAGGAUUCGUGGAAGCAAGCAUUUUGGCCAAGAAAUUUACUGGCUGUAUCAGCUGAUCCAUUUUUAGUCUAUCCAACUCAUUAUACGGGAGAAUCCAAUUAUAUUUCUGACACAGAAGAUUCAGCAGUCAUUGAAAAUGUUGAAGAUGCAAAAAUGAGACGAGAAGAUUUAUGACAAAAAGCACAUUUUUUUUCAAGAAGUAGGUGUUUCAUUGCAGCUCCUCAGUUCAUACACUGUCAUACUACACUAAUACCAAAGCUGACUGUUCUUUUGCAGUGAUAUAUAUUUUAAUGUUUUAAUUCGCAAAGCUAAGCCUGAUGUGCACAAUAUCUCCCCUGAAAUGGGUACAAGAUAAACACAAAUAAUGUUUCUUACAGAAUUGAUAAUUCUAGUAUUUGAGCAACUAGGCUUGGCAUUUCAUGAUAAAGAAUCUAAUGAUUUCCUCUUUUUACAUUGCUUUAUUAUUUUGAAUGAGCAGAAUCUGAUUUUCUUACGGUGAUUUUAUUAUAACCAUAUUUUGAUUUUCUUUCUUCCUGGUUCAUGACUUUGUUUAAAUGCAACAUUAUUAUUAAAAAUUAUUUGCAUGUUUCUUGUGAUGUAGAAUUCUUAGGUCCUGAAUAAUGUGGUAAGGAUAGAUAAGUAUACCAGUAUUUUUUUUUUAAACUUACCCUGAUCUGGACAAUUAUAUGCGGUGUGGAUUGUGCUUACUUUUUAUUUGUCUGAUUUUUUUUAUCAUUUUAAGAAUUAUUUCAUGUUCUUAUAUUGCCAAAUUUUUAAUUUUUGCGUAGAAAUAACCAUGAACUCUAUUGUUCAACAUACUUAUAUCUACAUAUAUAUAUUACCCCCCAUGUACAAAAAUUAAAAUUAGAUGAGGCAUUUAUAGUUUACAUUUUACAUUUUAAAUGUGUUUGAGACUGGAGGGCCACUGAUUGGUGUACUAGUAUGACAUAAUACAUUGCUUGUGGCGCAUACUUUUUUAUAAUGGAUGGGUUUUGGAGGCUAAAAUUUACAGGUUAGUUUUAUAUCGCCUAUAUCUAUCAAUAUCUGCAAAAAGUGCAAACAAUUCAGGUUGGUCUUUAAAGAGAAAAUAUUCUUGUAAACCUAUUUGCAUUUAUGAUGAUUUUUAUUUGGUUGAUUUUAUUAUAAAACAUCUAUUUUAAGUUGUCUAUGACAUGAACUUUACAUAAAUACUUUGUCUUCAUUUGUAAUUGUAUUAUAUUGUCACAAUAUUUUCUGUGUGAAUGCAUGGUCACUUGUUUGGGGAACCAUGUGAAGUGUGAGAAAAAUGCAUAUACAUGGAUGUUACAUUGAUAGUACAUAAAUAUUAACUGAUGAUUUGCAUAGUGGAGUCAGAUGGUCAGUAGUUUCAGAAGGUUGCAUGUUUGAGACCCACAUAAACACUACACUGGAAAACUGUCCCUGCUCACCCAAUAGCAAAUGUAUCCAGUCUAUGAGGGAAGGUAAAAUGUGGCUGCAUCUGCAGCCCCAGUGUAGUGCUCUAGGUAUGGUGAACUUUAAAGCUAGACAUGGCGUUUAAGGCAAUGCAAUCUACUGAAGUCAGUGUGUAGUGUACAAAUUGCCUUUGGCCUGGAGGUUGACCUAAGCAUUUUAAUUGAGGCACAACAGAUUAAGUUGUUUCAGCUUAAAUUUCAGAACCAAAAUAAAGUUUCCAAUAGCUUC